AUGGUUUCCACAAGAUCCAGAGUCUCAACGACAACCAUAACUUUCUCCUCUCUACUACCAUUGACAGUUCUAUCCGCUGCCAAAAUAGUCUCUCAGGAAAAGAAGAAAUCCUCUUUGGUGGUCACACCCUCCCCCGCCAGCCGAAAGCGAAGACGGACCACCAAAACCGAUGAAUCAUCAUCAUCACCCAAUAAGAAUAAGAACGAUGCGACCGCCAAGAAGGAAUUGAAUUUUGCAACAACAUUGACACCAGAACUAGUGGCGUCGAUCAAUCCUGAUCAAAAGUAUAUCGAUCUAGUUGUUCCUCCGGCCGAAUUGAGACCGUCGGCCACGUUGACGACUGGACAAUGCUUUCAUUGGAAGGCUGUUGUAGCGAUAGCUGAUGAAGAUGAAAAUGGAACGAUCAAGAAGGAAUCUGCAUGGGGAACUCACGAUGCUACCGAAUGGGUUGGAAUCAUUAGACUACCAGAUGGCAGGUCUUGUGUGUUGGCCAUCCGAGAAACCCCGUCUUCGACGUUAUACCGCCCACUCACUACAACAGUACCGACUGCCGACAUUGAACAAUACCUGCGAUCCUACUUUCGACUGGAUGAUUCGCUCGGUCACUUGUACCAAAAGUGGUCCAAGGCAGACGACCGUUUGGCAACCAUUGCCAAGUGCAUCCCCGGUGUACGGAUAUUGGAACAGGAUCCCUUUGAAUGUUUGAUUAGUUUUAUUUGUUCCAGCAACAACAAUAUUCCAAGAAUUACUAAAAUGGUCAAUUCGAUUCGAGCCAACUAUGGAGAAGAGUUGUUGACGAUUGGUGACGAAAAGUAUUAUUCCUUUCCCAGUAGCGAGGAUUUGUUAGCCAAAGGGAACGAUGAUGACUUUCGAAAGAAGUGCGGUUUGGGGUAUAGAAGCAAGUACAUAUUGGAAACUCUGCAGAUACUAAAGAAGCACGGUGGCGAGGAGUACCUUCGCAACUUUCGUUCCAUGCAAGAUGAUCCAAACUUGGUCCAAGAAAAACUAUGCGAAUUUUGCGGAGUCGGCCGUAAGGUUGCUGACUGCGUUGCCUUGUUUUCGCUCCGCCAAGACGAUGCCAUUCCAGUGGACGUUCACGUUUGGAACAUUGCCCGCCGUGAUUACGAUCCAGGGAAUGCCUUGGAACAGGUCAAGAGCUUGUCUCCAACCACCUACAAGCAGGUUGGUGACUUGUUUCGAUCCCGGUUCCCGGACAAGGCUGGAUGGGCACAUUCCCUACUCUUUGUAGCAGAGCUUCCCAGCUUUCGACCCGUCUUGCCAUCCGAGUUGAUUGCGCAAAUGGAUCAAUACAAGCAGGAAGAGGAAUUGAAAAAGAAAGAGGCGGCAGCAGUCAAGAAAAAGAAAAAGGAGGAAAAGAAGAAAUAA